AUGCCGCCGACACAUAUCAAAAGAUCCAACGACCUCUCUAUUCAGCUUGUCAACCCUGCGACGCCGCUGUAUCCAGGGAGCGUCAUCCUAGGCCACAUCGUCCGCAAGUCUCACAUCGUCGCACCGAACGCCACCAUCCGUGUCCGCCUCCUCGGCCGUGCCAAAGCAAAACUCGUGAUCGACCGUGGAAACAACUCAAAAAGCUACUACCGUUCCCGCUUCAACUUCUGGCGCGAGGGAGCCAUCGCCGACGUCGUCCAUCAUGGACCGAUACACGUUGCCCAAGGCACAGGAGAAGAGCAGUCAUGGCCUUUUGCGUUGGCACUUCCGACUCACACUGACGCCGCCGCCGUAAAUGCGGGGUUAUCUGAGAAUGAGAGGGCCGCGUGCUUCUUACAUGCGCCCGGUGAUCCACAAGGAAAGCUGGGUGUGCCAGAGCAGCCUCUGCCGGGAAGCUUCUUCUUUGAACACUCUGGGUUCGGCAAGAGCUGGCAUGGCUUUUUUGAGUACUGGCUCGAAGCCGAGUUGCGAGUCGAGGGAAAGAGCAAGAUCAUUGAGGCAACGAUGCCACUGAGACGACUAAUUCCCGGAAUGGAAGAUGCGAAACUGAGUUUCAAGCAGAAGUCGCAAAAGUUCUUUGGGUCUUCGAAGGUGCCAAAUUUCCAUUUCUCAAUGAGAGUCGAGUACCCCACGCAAAUACAACUGGGAAAUCCGUAUACAAUACCCUUCAGAUUGCGCAUCAUACCAAACAGAGAGAAGAGCUCCGACGUCAUCCAAGACGUCCCUCAAAAGGCUUAUGUCAAGAGCGCUACGCUAGAGAUGCACAGCACGGUUGGUGUCAUCUGCCCGGGAACAUUCGACUCGCAUGAAGGAAGCAAGACAAGGAAGCUAUGCAUCGGCAGGACCAACAAGUUCGUCAACGAGGUCGACGGAUUUGAAGUCCCUUGCGCUCCCAAGGAGGACGUACUGGAUCUCGGGGCAAUUUUGGGCCUGCAGAUCGACGCCAGGGGGUCGGUAGUUGGCGCCUCGAAAUUCGGCGGCGGGACACUUGAGACGAUAUCACCCACAUACACGACGUACUGCGUGAGACUAUCUCAUGUGUUGCACUGGGAGGUGAAGCUUUCAAUUGGAGGAGAGUCCUGGGAAUGCGGAUGGCAGAACAGAAUCGUUGUGCAUCCUCCGGUCGAAGAGGCGUUGAGCGGGGGUGUUGGAGCGGCGUCGGCGGGUAUGGCGACGUUGUCAUUAGAACCGCCUCCACCACCAAUUGACGAAGCAGUCCCAGCCUAUGAAGGUCCGGGUACGGCGGCGCCAGCAUACGAAAAGGUAGCAGUAGGUCAGCCGUCGAAUGAGGUCAAUGGUAAUGGGGAGGGAUCAUCAGCUGUAGGCGGCGACAUGAAGUCGUGA